AAGGAGGAAGACACACUCACAGAGAGUGAAAGAGAAAGAAAGAUCCUACGUGACCAUGAGAGGAGCCUGAUGGGGGGAAAAAUGAGAGAAAGACAAAACAAGUAUGAAGAGAUAAAUCAAUGAGAGUUAAAACUGGGAGGAGCCUAACAAGGAAAAAAGAGGGAAGGUUGUGGCAACAGCAGACAUGACUAAAAGAAACUGAGGCAGACACACUGAGAGAAAUGAAGAAAUGGAUUUGCUGUUACAUUCUCACUCUGUUCUUCAGCAGUUAAACAUGUUUGCUGUAUUCAACAACUAGCAAAGCUUGCAGGCUGCAGUGGAGUCAGCUGUGAAUGCUUUCGUGUCUUACAGGAGAAGUUGACUGCAAGAUUGGUGUUUCCUGUCCUUAAACAGGCAGUGCAACGUGCCAAAAACAUCGACUGAGACAAACUGGGCCCUGACCAAAGCAGGUUCUGACAGUGGCCGUUACCAUGGAGGAGAGGGAGCGGCAGUGUAACGGAGAGGAAAGAGGUGAUGUUGAAUCCCCCACAGGACAGUCCGUCACGGCAGGAGAACCAGGCACAGCGUCCACAUGGAGGAAUGGUCAGUGUGUGGCUUGUGUGUCCACAUCCACUUGGUUCACUCCCACCUUUGACUUCUCACACUGCAGGACUCUUCUGGAAACCAAAGGCUUCCAGAUUCCAACAGAAGACUUUGAGGGUCCACUUCAUCUAGCACUGGACCACCCAUCCAUCAGAAGAUACCUGCUUUUCAACUCAAACAUUUUCAAUGUCAUCAUGUCACCACUCUUGUAUCUGGUGCUGUGGUGCGCUGUGUACUCGACCAUUCACCUGUACCUCGAUGGCAGCACAGCGGAGUUCUGGGCGCUCUGCCUGUGUGUCAGUCUGGUGUCCGUGAUCCUCACCGCCGCCAUCAACCUCAUCUUCCACUACAGCAACAAAGAGAUCAACAUGAACACAGACGUGCGGUUGGUGGGGGUUAAUGAGCACAUGGCCAGGCACAAGCUGCUGUUGGGAGUGGCUGACUGGGUCCAGAAAUGCAGAGGAAAUCUGCAGCUCUUCUGUGUGUACUGGGACUUGUCCCCAUGUCUGACAUCUCUGACUGAAGCGCUGGACGACAUGAGUUUUGUCAGGGAUCAAGUACAGAAAAAACUCAAGAAAAGAAUGUCCCACCUAGUUCUAGUGACCGAGGUCACGACCCUGGAUCCCGAGGCUGGAGUACAGGACGAGGAGCUCCCAGAUGAAGAGCAGCCGCUGCUGGAGGGACGAGAGCGAAGCGCAUCAACUAGUCAACGAGAAGACUCUAAACUCACCAAAAACUUCAGCUUGAUGCCUGACACCACUCUCUCAAAUCAGGCGAUUGCUCAGCAGCUCCUGAUGACCUACAGUGCACUUUAUGUCAGACUGCUGGUAUCAAACAAGCUUCCUGCUCCUCCCCAGAGGCCUUCAGGUGCAGAGAAAAAUCAUUCCACUUCCUCUCUGUGUCUGUGUGAGUAUGUGGAGCUGAAGGUUCUGCAGUAGACAGAACAUGACUAUCAAAUCUCACAUUCAAAGGUAUUAGUCAUCCAUUUCUUCGGGAUGAUUGUUUUGCUGUCCAUUAUGAUAUAGUCACAGACUGUUCUUGCUGCUCUUGAAACUGUUAUGAUUUUGUCUGUAUACUGAAAUAUAUAUAUAUGUAUAGUUGACUUAUUGUGGUUUUCUAUUUGCACUAUAUGCUUACAAUGUGUGAAAGAAUCAAGUGACAGCUGAUUCUUUCCUCUUCCAUGUUAAGUUCUUGUAUUAACCAGACAAACUGACAAGAUAUCAAUCUGCCAAUCAAAACUGUCUGUUAUUAUUACUUAAAGCAAAAGAUCACCCAAAAAUGAAAGUGUUGAAAAUGUUCAUCUAGCAUGUGGAUGAGUUUGUUUCUUCAUCAGAACAGAUUUGGGGAAAUGUAGCAUUACAUUACUUGCUCACCAGUGGAUGCUCUGCAGUGAAUGGGUGCCGUCAGAAUGAGAGUCCAAACAGCUGAUAAAAACAUCACAAUAAUCCACAAGUAAUCCACACCACUCCAGUCCAUCAGUUAAUGUAUUGUGAAGUGAAAAGUUUCUCAUUUUUAAGAAAUACAUCCAUCAUUCCAUCAUUAAUUUUAAACCAUCACUUCUGGCCAAAAUACAAGUACAUAAUCUAUUAGAACACUUCUUCUAGUUCACCACCUGUUGUGGUCUGUUUUGGCUUGCAAACGGUGCUUGAUCUGUGCAGAUUUCUCACCUGAUUCAGAUUUUUUUACUGGAGAAAAUAAUUUUAUGGAUAGAGGACUUAAAAACAUCUUGAUGGAUUUGUUUCUUAGAAAAUGGACUGGACUUGAGUGGAUUACUUGUGGAUAAUUGUGAUGCUUUUAUCAGCUGUUUGGACUUAUUUAUUGACACGCAAGUGAUGUAAUGCUAAAUUUCUCCAAAUCGAGUACAUUUUCCUGAAAGUGAGUGAAUUAUUCUCUUAAAGAGCAGGUUAUAUGGGUUUUUGAAAAAUAUCUCUUUUGCAGUUUAUAAUGUAGCUAUCCUUAAAUGAAAACAAUCUGCAAAGUUGUUAAUCAAAAAAGUGCAUGAUAAAUAAAGAUAUUGUCUCUCAAAAGAGAGAGUCGGUUCUGAAUCGCCUUAACAAGUCAUUAUAUUUUCUAAUCUUUUGCCUGUUACGGGUAUACUGUGUCACUGGGUAACACAUCUGCAUAAUCCCCGCCUGCCCGCAAAAUACGAACAGAGUCUGACCUGCCCACAAACAAGGAUAACACAGAAAUACAAUUCAGACCUUUUGUUGUGUGCAUGUCAUUUUAUCAAUGACUGAUUCUCUAAUCUUGGCUUUUAUCUUCGUUGGCUUCUAAUCUUCCUUCGUAAUUUGGACUAACAAGAUCUCCAAACCACAACCUGUAAGUACGAUUGAUACACUAUGUGUACGUUUUCAACUGAGUGCUCAAAAAAAAGUUUUUAUGUUAAUAUGUGAUGUAUACCUAGUGCAGCAUUAGGUUUCCAGGUGAAGCACAAUAUUAUUGUCUUACUGAAGUAGUUCGCUGUGAACCUACUAUUUCCUAAGAAUAUGUCGAUUAUUGUAGACUGACAUUGUUCUAAUUGCUUUGUUUAAUAAUAAAGAAUGUAGUGUAGCACACAGACUUUAUAAUCAUUGUGAAAUUGCUGUUUAUUGUGCUGCACCAGCAGUUACAGGGUUAAUGCGGGAGAGAUGAGCGAAUGUUAGGCUGCUGCGCCUGUGAUACAGCUGUUCUGCCUUCUGAUUAAAAGUUAAGACAGCA